AAAAAAUCGGCGGUUGCGAAGAUAAAUGACGUUCGAAAGAUAAACGAUUGGCAAAAACUUCCAACGAUGACAGGAUUAGCGUUAAGCUUUUUCACAAAGAUUCACUCCGUGGGGUCAAACUGAUACAGGUGAUGAUACCAAUGUACAUGAACAUGAAGAGUCCUCGUCUUUGAUGGAACACGCCUAAAUGAUUCGCUAGAAUUUUCUUGCUCCGAUAGAAUGAACUUUCCUCCUACAUCGACCUAACGGAGUUGGAAAUUAAACCCACGUACAAUUAUAGGUAUGCCAAAUUUCCUGGGAAAUCGUUGGCGUCUAUUUAUCAUAAACAGUCACACCUUCCAUGGAACAUACAUAACAUUCGUCGAUUUUUUUUCCAGUCUAGCAAUCAGAGCUUGUACGAACGAAAACGCUAUCUGCUAGCAAAAUGUCGAAAAGCUCGUUAGACUUCAGAUCCUCUUCGGGUUCUGGUUCACUUCAUCAUCAUCAUCCGAGGAGGAGGUACCGUUAACGACAAAAUAUCGAAACGGGCGGAUAAAGUGCGAAAACAAAGUUUUUUCCUCCAUAUUAAGACGCACGUCCUGCUGCUGUAGUGCUUGUAUAUAUUUUCCCACCUCGAACUUGCAGGUAGGCGAAAAUUCGUUUUCCAACAUUCUUCCACAUUCAGCGGCAACCGAGGUUUCCCGGCCAUCAGUCGUCCUACUCGUCGAGAUGUGUGAGUGUGCGAGACUAAUGCUAAGUUUGAAGAUCACAUGAAAAAGUGACAAAAAGUGAAGCUGUUAACAACGCGGUGAGUGUGUUCCGGAGGAUGUUUCCAAGCUUCCAAGAAGAUAAAUAUCAAUUGCGAAACAGUGAAAAAGCGAAGAAGGAUCACUUCUCCGGCUUGUGGGUGGCAUCAGCCUCCGCCCAUAUACGCAUUGAAGUUCAGAGGAAGGAAACAAUUCAUGUAGGAAGAAAGAAGUUUCUCGAAAAAGUGUUCCGUAAAGUGGAGUGGCCCGCGCGUGUGUCGGUGUGCUUGUGGGGGAGGGCGUAUGUGAAAAAGGUUGAAUUUCGGAGAGCAGGAUGACGCUACGCAGAAUGUCGUGCUGUAGCUGCAGUUGGAUCGGCGUGGGUCUUCUGGUGCUGUUAAGUGCAGAACUUACGUGUGGCAGCAAUAGGGUUGAAGAUUAUCAGAUACAAAAAGGUGAACUGGUGGGUUCCUCGCGCAAGUUCCGAACCGACUUCCUGCAAGAAUGGCCAACGCCGGGAACGGGGCCGUACUUUGACACCGCAUCGAUUCCAUCCAACAUCACCGGUCUGGUGGGAAAAACCGUGCUGCUGAUCUGCAAAGUGAAGAACCUGGGAAACCGAACGGUCUCCUGGGUUCGCCAUCGGGACAUCCACCUGCUGACGGUGGGCCGGUACACGUACACCUCGGACCAGCGUUUCGAAGCUAUGCAUUCGCCACACACCGAGGAGUGGACCCUGCGGAUUCGGUACGCCCAGCGGAAGGAUUCCGGUAUCUACGAGUGCCAGAUAUCCACGACGCCACCGGUCGGGCACUUUGUCUAUCUUACGGUAGUAGAACCAGUGACAGAGAUUAACGGUGGACCUGAUUUAUUUAUUAAUCGAGGCUCGACGAUAAAUCUCACCUGUAUCGUCAAGUACGCUCCGGAACCCCCGCCAGCCGUCAUCUGGAAGCACAAUCGGGAUGAUAUCAACUUCGAUUCGCCCCGAGGCGGAAUCUCGCUGGUGACGGAGAAGGGUGUGCUGACCUCCAGCCGUUUGCUGGUGCAGAAAGCGAUAGCCAGCGAUUCCGGAUUGUACACAUGCGAACCCUCCAAUGCCAAUCCGGCCUCGGUCCGGGUGCACAUACUGAAUGGAGAACACCCAGCGGCAAUGCAUCACGGCAUGUCGACCAUCCUGGCCGGACCGAGCUUAGUGGUGUUUGUGCUGUCCUGUAUACUACUCUACUAUCAUCACAGCAUCCGGUGGAAGCAUCUGUUGACGUAGUAAUUUCUAGAAAAACCGUCGCUAUCGUCAUCUAAUCUCCUACUAUACUUUCACCGUCAAACUUUUGUACAGUCACCAAUAUGAGAAACGAAAACAGAACUAAAUUUCACCAAACAAAAAAAAACAAAGAAAAACCGAUAAACUAGACAAACAACAGUAUCUCCACCACUUCAAAUCUAGGGUAACAUACACGAGAAAGGGAUCACGGGGAACGUUUCCGUGGGUAAACAUAGAAGCAGAAGGUGAUCUGUUGAACAUCCGUUUAGAUGUGUCAAAAAUCUAAUAGUUGAAGAGUUAGGUUAAUUAUUAAAAAACAGAUUUUUAUAUAUACAUGUACAUUACAAUUCGAACGGAGUGUGGCUGAGGAGUGCGACCUGUCAAUGGUGGUGGUGGUGUGCGUGUGUAAGUGUUCGCGGAUCAAAGUGAAACGAGUGAAAACUCGCACAUGUUGGUUGAUAAUUAGUUUAUCAUUUUAAUCAGUUGUAAAAUCGAAUUAAAAUCGCUAAACAAAGGUUGAAUUAUACGCCGAAACGAUAUAUUGGAUUGAUUAAUUAAAUUGAAAUUACCAAUAAGGGUCCCCUUUUUACUCGGGUUGGUUCACUGAAGCGUGCGGCAGGUAGAAUGAUUGUUCUCGCGUGUAGGUAUGUGUAUUCGGUGGAUGGGAGGGUAGGGCUGUAAUAUUAUUCUGAUUGGUGGGAUUUCAAUUGAUUUGGAGUUUGGUUCAAUCAGUACGUAGCUAGGUGAGAGGACGCUUGAUGUGAUACGAAAAUUUACCGAUAGUUGUUCAAUUCUUGUCAUGUGGCGAUUGCACGGUGUUUGAUUGUGCUUUUCUUUGAAAACAGCACCAUGAUUGCAAACAAUUUAUUUUUACAAUUGUAUACAUUCUAAUCCCGAAGAUUGUUUAAAAAGAACAAUAAUUUUAAUGUUAUGUGCAAAUCGGAGUGCGGCCUUGAAAAUA